UUUAAAAACCAUUCUAAUUAGGAACCAAACUCCAAAGCUCUGCUUUUCUCUGCCUCUGCCUCUGCCUCCUCUGCUUCUUUCUUCGUGCCUCACCCGUUUUGAUCGGAUCCAUUUUCAUUCUUUCUUCCCUCUCCGUUUUCCCUCUCUUUUCGAUUUUGAAGGUAAAGAGGGGAUUAAGAUUAGAACCCAAUUACGAAUUUUUCCGAUUUUCUUAGAUAUUUCUUCUUUACCCUUCGAAACCCCAACAGAAAAUCCUGAAAAAUCUCCAAUCCCACGUUGAGGGUUGAGCUCGGUUCAUGCCUGAACCAUUACGAAUUUCAUUUCCCAAUUUACGGAUCGAUUCUUCACCUUAAUGGGAAAUGUAACCGGCAGUGUGGCUGCGAAAUUUGCCUUUUUCCCACCGGACCCUCCAACGUAUGACGUUUUCAGAGGAGACGAUGGACGGCUUGCCUUCUCCGGCGUCUCCGCCGAUAGGAAUAUGAGCGUUCAUUUGCUUGAUACCAAGGCUGGCAAUAGGGUUGUUGCAACCUUUUGGAAACACCCUUUUGCUCGAUUCACGCUUCUUUAUUCCCAUGGGAAUGCUGCUGACCUCGGUCAGAUGCACGAGCUCUUCGUUGAGCUCAGAGCACAUCUUCGUGUUAACAUUAUGAGCUAUGACUACUCGGGAUAUGGAGCUUCUUCUGGUAAGCCAUCUGAAUUCAAUACGUACUAUGAUAUAGAAGCUGUUUACAAUUGUUUGAAGAGUGAUUAUGGGAUCAAGCAAGAAGACUUGAUUUUGUAUGGCCAAUCUGUGGGGAGUGGACCGACACUGCACUUGGCGUCUCGACUACAAAGAUUAAGAGGUGUUGUUCUCCACAGUGCCAUACUUUCGGGCAUUCGAGUAUUGUAUCCUGUCAAAAUGACAUUUUGGUUUGACAUUUUCAAGAACAUAGACAAAAUAAGGCUGGUCUCAUGUCCCGUUUUGGUUAUACAUGGAACAAAUGAUGAUAUUGUCGACUGGUCUCAUGGAAAACGACUUUGGGAGCUUGCGAAGGAAAAAUACGACCCCUUAUGGGUGAAAGGUGGGGGACAUUGUAACCUCGAAACAUAUCCUGAGUACAUUAAGCACUUGCGCAGGUUCAUUAAUGCAAUGGAGAAGCUUUCAGCUAAACAAACGACGAAACAACUCACUUCUACCCCAAGCAUCACGGAGUCGAAACAUAACAAGUGCUUGAGAUUUGGAAAGAGAUAGUUUGUUCAUCAUAUGAUUGAAGUAGGGACUGAAUCAAAUAUAGUUUCGUUGCAUCUGUGCUCUGCUCGCCUUCACGGGCCAUUGCUGCACUUGCUACAUGAAGUCAAAAGUGGUCGACAAUCAAGCUGCACGGCGUGAGCUGAAUGUGAAUUACAGGUUUCCUUCUACAAUUCAGAUCAUUCUCUGAUUAUAACUUUCUGAGAUAAACUCUCUUCUUUAUCAUCAAAAGAGAGUAGUUUUUGAGCAAGGAUUUCACCUGCUGUUAAGUUAAAGCAAAGCAUUGAGCUCAGUAUCAUCUGAUUAUAAUGGUAAUGGGGGUGCUUUCAUUUUCCUUCUAUCCCAUGAUCUUGUUUCACACUUUCUCAAUAACAUAAAUUUUAGAGUAGAAUUUGUCUUU